UAUUGACUUGACUUAGAAGUUUGAUUUUGUCGGUGUUUAUAUCUUGAAAAUUUAUGGCGAUAAAAUUUUGAUUUUACACUCCAUAAAUAAAAAAAAAUUACCUUAAACAGCUUUAAGAUAAAUAAAUUUUAACUCUGUUGGGCGUUUAAUGGCUUUUGAUGGAGAUGGCGGACGAUUUACAAAGUAUUCCUCGACUAGAAAUGCUAUGCAAACAAAUGUAUGAGUCAAGUAAUCCAAAUUUAUGUGUGGAAGCCGAAAAAGCUUUGGUUUCUUUUCAAAAUAGUAAUACUCCUGAUACUUUAUCAAAAUGCCAAAUGUUAUUAGAAAGAGCUGAUUCACACUAUUCAGAGUUAUUGGCUACCACAACAAUAACUAAACUUAUAUCCCGUACACCAUUAACAUUGAACCUUGAUCAAAGAAUACAAAUAAGAAACUAUAUUUUGAAUUAUUUAGCUACCCGCCCUAAGUUACCUUCAUUUGUUGUUCAAGCCUUAGUUUUAUUAUUUGCUAAAAUAACAAAACAAGGAUGGUUUGAUGGAGAAAAAGAUUCCUAUGCUUUCAGAAACGUUGUAUCUGAUAUUUCAGUAUUUUUGCAGGGGAUGAAUGUUGAACAUUGUAUGAUAGGAGUUCAGCUUUUAUCUCAGUUAACAACUGAAAUGAAUACAGUUGCUGAUGUUGAAUCACAUAGAGCUGUACUGAAGCAUCGGAAAGUAGCUUCAUCAUUUAGAGAUACACAAUUAUUUGAAAUAUUUAGAAUGUCUUGUCAAAUGUUACGUAGUGCUAAUGAUAAUAGAAAAAACUUAAACUUUACAGAUGAAACACAGCAUGGAUUUAUGUCUCGUUGUCUUCAAUUAGCACAAAACUGUUUAACAUAUGAUUUUAUUGGAACAACAUGUGAUGAGUCAUCAGAUGAUAUUUGUACAGUUCAAAUUCCUACUGGGUGGAGACCAGCUUUUCUCGAACAAUCAACUUUGACUUUAUUUUUUGAUCUCUAUCACUCUUUGCCUCAUAGUCUUUCCAGUUUGGCUUUAUCAUGUUUAGUACAAUUAGCUUCAGUUCGACGUUCCUUGUUUAGUACAACAGAAAGAGCAAAAUUCUUAUCACAUUUAGUUAAUGGAGUCAAAGAUAUUCUGCUAAAUCCUCAGGGAUUGGCUGAUUCAAAUAACUAUCACGAGUUUUGUAGACUAUUGGCUAGGUUAAAAUCAAAUUACCAACUUGGAGAACUUGUAAUGGUUGAAAGUUAUCAAGAGACUGUAGGACUUAUUGCAAAAUUUACUGUUGAAAGUUUACAAGUUUAUCAAUGUGCCCCAAACAGUUUUCAUUAUUUGUUAAGUUUUUGGCAAAGAAUGGUAGCUUCUGUACCUUAUGUAAAAGCUGCAGAACCUCAUUUAUUGGAAACAUAUACUCCUGAAGUUACUAAGGCAUACAUUACUUCUAGAAUAGAAAGUGUUACACUUAUAGUGAGAGAUGGUCUUGAUGAUCCAUUAGAUGAUUUUACAAAUGUGCAACAACAACUUGAACAAUUAUCUGUAAUUGGAAGGUGUCAUUACCAAAAAACAUGCUCACUAAUUGCCCAAUUAUUUGACCAAUCAGCUACUACUUAUCAAGAAAUUAUUGCAUCACCAUCUGCAUCAAUUUAUGAUUUAAAAAUUCAAGAAGGUCGAUUGACUUGGCUUGUAUAUUUAAUCGGAGCUGCUAUUGGUGGUCGUGUAACAUUUAAUAGUAAUGAUGAUGGAGAUGCAAUGGAUGGUGAAAUGGCAUGCAAAGUUUUACAACUUAUGACAUUCAGUGAUUCAAGACUCCCCCAAGGAGGUUAUGAAAAAUUGGAACACUCAUUUUUAUUUUUCUUUGAGCAAUUUAGAAAAAUUUAUAUUGGUGACCAAGUACCAAAAAAUUCCAAAGUUUACCGACGGCUCCAUGAUGUUUUGGGAAUUAGUGAAGAACAUAUGGUUCUUAGUAUUUUUAUGAGAAAAAUUAUAACUAAUUUAAAAUUUUGGUGCUCAAGUAAUACAGUAAUUCAAAAAACUUUGGCGUUAUUGAAUGAUUUAUCAGUCGGAUUCUCUAGUGUUAGAAAAUUGGUAAAACUUGAUGAAAUUCAGUUCCUAUUAAAUAAUCAUACAAGUGAACAUUUUCCUCUGUUGGGCAAUACAUUUAGUGUUAAAGAUAUGAGACACCGUUCAUCUUUUUAUACUUCAUUGGGAAGACUAUUGAUGAUUGAUCUCCUUGAAGAUGAAGAUAAAUUUGAUAAUUUUAUGAUCCCUUUAACUGCUUCUGUAGAAUCAAUUGGUGCUUUAUUAGCUACUGUCAAUGGCGUGAAUGAAAAUUCUGUAUUCUCAAAUAUUGAAGCGAAAAAAGCCCUUAUUGGUCUUAUUAGAGAUCUUAGAGGAUUAGCUUUUUCUUUCAAUACUAAGACUUCAUUUAUGCUUCUUUUUGAAUGGCUUUAUCCAUCAUACACUCCAAUUUUAUUACGAGCAAUGGAAUUAUGGUAUGCUGAUCCAGAAAUUACUACACCUUUACUUAAGUUGUAUGCUGAACUCGCUUUGAAUCGCUCUCAACGACUUCAAGUAGAUGUAUCAUCACCUAAUGGAAUUUUACUGUUCCGAGAAGCUAGUAAAGUUGUUUGUACUUACGGAAACAAUAUAUUAAACCUUGAUGUUCAACAAGAUGUGCUUUAUAAAAAAAAACUGAAAGGCAUAUCAAUAUGUUUCUCGAUGUUAAAAGCAGCAUUGUGUGGUAACUAUGUUAAUUUUGGUGUCUUCAAACUAUAUGGUGAUGACACAUUAGAAAAUGCACUUAAUAUUUUUGUCAAAUUAUUGCUGUCCAUACCUCUGACUGAUUUAAUGCAUUAUCCAAAACUUUCUCAAACGUAUUAUGGUCUCCUAGAAUGUUUAGCUCAAGAUCAUAUGGAGUUUUUAUCCACUCUUGAACCUCAAGUAUUUUUAUAUAUAUUAUCUUCUAUAUCAGAAGGACUAAAUGCAUUAGAUAUGUCUAUUUGCACUGGAUGUUGUACUACUCUAGAUCAUAUUGUUACUUAUGUUUUUAAACAAUUAUUAUUAAAAGGCAAAAAAGUACAAAGAAGACGUAUACAACAAGUGAAUGAAAUUUUCCUACGUACUUUAGAAACCCAUUUAGGAGUAUUUAGACAAAUCUUACAAACUGUGCUAAAUAUAAUUAUAUUUGAAGAAUGUAGAAAUCAAUGGUCUAUGUCUAGACCACUUUUAGGUCUUAUACUUCUUAAUGAAGAGUACUUCAAUCAAUUAAGAGAUAUGAUAUUACAAAGUCAGCCAAUUGAUAAACAACCAGCUAUGGCUCAGUGGUUUGAAAUGUUAAUGGAAGGUGUUGAAAGAAAUUUAGCUAGUAGAAAUCGUGAAAGGUUUACUCAAAAUUUAUCAUCAUUCAAAAAAGAGUUAACUGAAAAAGGUCCAACAAUGUCCAUGAAUUCUGUAAAUAAUGAAGUAAUGAUAACAACAUAGUACUAUACAUAGUAAAUAAAUUUAAAAAAAAAAUAAAUAUAUAUUACUUAAAUUAAAUUAAUUUUAUUGUUUUAUUCGCCAGUGUUUAUCUUUUAUACAAAUAAUACCUAUUGGUCGUGUUAUUUUAUUUAUUAUGAUAAUUAUUAAUAACGUAUUGUCUUAUUGUAAACAUUGUAAAUAUUGGUAUUAUUUAGAAAAUAGGGCCUACAUCCUAGUCAUAGGCUAUUAUUUGGUAUUGUGUUAGUUGUGUUUCAGUUUUGUUACAUAAUAAUUAUACAUUUUUUAAAUAUAUUAGCAGUUUUUAAAUAAUGUAAAUAAACUUUUUACUAAAAAAUCA